UCCUGCUUCACUCCUCCCUGCUGACAACAAUCACUCUUAUCUUCUUUGCUCCUGGUUGGACUGUUAUCGAUCUCCAGAUCCGGCCAGCGAACCAGAAUGCGCCCUUCGCUCCACUGACCCACACGGACUUCUCUCCGACUUGGACUUGUUUUGCGACAGAGUGACAGACGUCUAACCACCACAAUGGCCUCACAACCACAGCCACAACCACCAUAUCCGCAACAAUGACAGUCCCCGACCCAGAAAACCACGCCCUAACCGACAUCAGCGCACCACCACCAACAACCGAAUAUGCCUCGCAGCGUCAAUCCUGGUCUCUGGAGGAGGGCAGCAGCCGCGCGCCGCAUGCGCACGAAAAGCCGCCCGAAGAACCAUACGCACCACCACCCAGCGCACCGACAUCCCAAAGGAGAAAAGCCCUCUACACCCACUCCUACCUAGUCUUCUUCUCCAUCUUCGGCACCCUAGCCCGCCUAGGCCUACAAUCCCUAACCGACUACCCGGGCGCACCGAUCAGCACCAGCGUGCUGUGGGCCAACGUCGCGGGCACACUGAUAAUGGGCUUCCUGCUCGAAGACCAAACGUUCUUCACGCGCCACAGACCAGAGAACCACAAGGCCGUGAAGAAGACCAUCCCGCUAUACAUCGGGCUGACGACAGGGUUCUGCGGCAGCUUCACCUCCUUCUCGUCGUUCAUCCGCGACACCUUCCUUGCGCUCACCAACUCGCUGCCCUCGCCGUACCUGACCGCAGGCACCCCGACCCCCAGCCGCAACGGCGGCUACAGCUUCAUGGCGGUGCUAGCCGUGAUAAUUAGCACAGUAGCCCUGAGCAUCUCGGCGCUGCUGUUCGGCUCGCACCUCGCCCUCCUCGCCAACCAAACCCCCUCCCUCUUCCGGUUUACCGCCGUGCGCAUUCCCCUGGACCCCAUCUUCAUCCUCCUCGGCUGGGGAGCCUGGCUCGGCGCGAUCCUCCUCGCGAUCUUCCCACCCCACGACCACUGGCGCAGCGACGCGGUCUUCGCGAUAGUCUUCGCCCCGCUCGGCUGUCUCCUGAGGUAUCACCUAUCGCUGUGGCUAAACGCCCGGCUUCCGCGGUUCCCGUUAGGAACCUUCACGGUGAAUAUGCUGGGCACGAUCGUGCUGGCGAUGUGCUUCGAUCUGCAGCGCGUGGAGGGCGUCGGGGCGGCGGCGGCGACGACGGCCACCGUGAGCGCCGGGAUAAGGGUCAGCUGCCAGGUGCUGCAGGGCGUCAUGGAUGGGUUCUGCGGUGCUGCUACGACGAUCAGUACGUGGGUUGCGGAGUUGAAUGGUCUGGCGCGGCGGCGUGAUGCGUAUCUCUACGGUGUGGUUAGUGUGGCGGUUGCGUUGGGGUUCUUUGUUGUGAUUGCUGGCUCGUUGGCUUGGACGCGCGGGUUCGUGGAUCCUGUUUGUACGUAGGCUCGCUCUUUAGCUGUCCGUUUGGCUGUGAGAGUCAUUGAUUUCGGGUUGGUGUGGCCGUGUAUAGGUAAUUAGAUGGAUUGAUAGAUGAUAGAUAGAUAGAUGGUAUACACUAGUGUCUAUAUGUCCGAAGCGGAUAGCAAACAAUCAAG